AUGGCGGAUUUCGAAGCCAUCAAGUCUCAUCUAUCAAACAAUAAACUAUCUUACUUUACCUUCUUUCCCAAGUCCCUAAAACCCAUAAAGGCUGUAAUCCAUCACCUCCCUCACAAUAACCCUGCGAAGGAUAUAUCUGAUGGACUGGUGGCCCUGAGAUUUGACGUGCACCCACCCGGCCCACCUGACAGCAAGAAGACAGUGGUCAACUUGAGUGGUGUGCCAUUGGAUGAAGCGGCCUUCUCGGCCCUGAGCAAAGGCCUCAACUUUGCUGUGGCUCCGAAGUCCGUUCCCGUCAAGGAUAUCCUGUGCGGGGUGGAGAAAGUGAUAGUGGCCCUGCCUGUAGAGACUGCGGAGGAGAUCCGACAGGAGACGGUCAGGAUUCUUAAGAACCCCCGCAAGCCAAAUGACAAUCUGACUGGUGCCGAGAGAAGAGCCCUUCGGUCCUUAAAAGCCAAUGAGGCGCUCACCGUCCUUCCGGCUGACAAGGGUAAUGCGGCAGUGGUACUGGAUACGUCCGACUACAACCGGAAGAUCGCCGCUGUCUUGGAGGAUAAGGCUUACAGGAAGUUGAAGAAGGAUCCUACUGAUGCCAUAGAGCGGAAGACUGUCCUUCUUCUGAAAAAGUCCCCGUUUGCUGAGGAGGUCUGCCAACAGCUACGACCUCAAGGGUCCAGGCCACCUAGACUCUACGGGUUGCCGAAAAUCCACAAGCUUGACGUUCCACUAAGGCCCAUUGUGAGCACCAUUGGCUCUCCCACCUAUCGCCUGGCCAAACACUUGGCUGGCCUACUGAGGACAUACACUGGCAACGGUCCACGCCACGUGAGGAACUCCAUGGAAUUUGUCCACACAUUGGACUCUCUCCAUGUUGAUCCCCACGACAUAAUGGUCAGUUUCGAUGUAGUGUCACUCUUCACCAGGGUGCCUAUAAAAGAUACGAUGGAUCUGCUAGGACGACAUUUCGAAGAAAACAUCUUGAGACUCUUCCGCCAUGUCCUGACCACCUCAUACUUCACCUUCAACGGCCAGUUCUAUGAACAAACCGAUGGCGUGGCGAUGGGCUCGCCACUCUCUCCGGUCAUCUCUAACCUCUAUAUGGAGGACUUCGAGGAGAGGGCACUUGACUUGGCCCCACACAAGCCCCGCUGCUGGUUUCGCUACGUGGACGACACCUUCGUCAUCUGGUCACACGGUCCCGACAAGCUCCAGGACUUCCUGAACCACAUAAAUAAAAAACUGACAUCUGCUGUGGAAGAAAGCACAAUUCUGGCCAAGCACAAUGAAGCUUUAGGAUAUAAACUUGAUAUAGAAUGGGCAAACAUGCACAUCUUUGAUAACAAUGGAAAUGUGUCUUCCUUUAUUUCUGGAUCACAUAGGUGUCAGUUCUUGUAUCUCUUUGCAUCAGUUAUAAAUCGCAGGAUGACUUUGAAUGAUGAAUUAGAAAUGGCAAGGAAGGAAGCAGCAGACUCUUUUAAGAUACUCUUCUGCCAUUUGCCUGGAGUGACUGAGUGA